AUGCACUCGCGUCGACCCGAAACCUUGAAGAUUGACAUCUCCAAGUACAGGGGAGUCGAAGAGGACUCUCUCUUGAGAUGGUUCGUCGAAUUGGACGACGCCAUAAGGGCGCGUCGCAUCGACGAUGGAGAAAUGCAAGCUGCAUUUGCCCAAUCAAAUCUAACAGGACGUGCCAAGACUUGGGCACUGGGGCUCAAGUUGCACGACCCAUGUGCGUUUGGGUCGUUAGAAGUCUUUGAGUCACGGCUCAGACAAACAUUUGAACUGCCUAGAGCUGAUUUCAAAGCUCGAACUGAACUCUUGAAGCUCAAGCAGGGUAAGCGUGAUGUGCACGCUUACGCACAGCAUAUACGACAUCUCACGAGUUGUAUAAGUUCCAACCCGGUGGAUGAACACACGUUGGUUUCGGUGUUCAUGCAGGGUCUUGCGGAUGGUCCCGUCAAGACUCACCUGUUCCGACUUGAACUAGAUUCACUAGAACAAGCCAUUUCCAUUGCGGAACAGGAAGACUUCAGUUUGAGACAAGCUCGCGCCAGCUCGACAUCAUAUCGUCAACCGAGACGAUAUGACAACGGGGGUCCAGAGCCGAUGGAACUCUGUUAUGUAGAGAGCGAGAAGGCUCGCUCUACAGACUACAAGAAGUUGCAGAAAUGCAACAGAUGUCAGAAGACAGGACACUACGCUUACGAGUGUAGUGCCCCUCGUCCAGUGUCUCGCAACACUGGGCGUAGUGACCGUCCACACAUGAGAAAGGGGCAGGGACGCGGGUCCGCUGUUGGUGCAAAGACGCAACAACGGGAUGGAACGUCAAAAAACGGACAAGAUCAGUAG